AUGUAUCACACAAGAUAUCUAUUCAAUUUCAUUUUCUUAAAUUUGAUUGUUGCUACGCCUCAAAUCAAUCUUCAUUAUACAGAUUGGGUAAGUGAAAGUAAGAAUCAUCCUGUAUUACAGCACGACUGUUUGCAUGUUGCUGCUUCUAUUGAUGAAACAAAUGUUAAUCGUGAAAUUAUAUCUUAUUGUAUGAAUGAUGAUUGGCUAUUGAAAUUUCAUAUUGAGAGUAAUGAUGUCUUUCCAAAGUUUACUUUUGCUGAACUUGCGAAACGAAAUAUUACUAGUCAACAAUUAUACCUGUGGUCAGCACCAAUAGAUGUUGCUGAACGUUAUGAAUUCUAUUUAAACCAAUUAUCAACAUUGAAUGAUAUAUUUCUGGAAACUCAAGUAUUUUAUAAUUGUACAUUACCAAGAUUUGGUUCUAUGUGUCAAUAUGAAAUUACUUAUUAUAAUCGAAAUCAUUUAUCUUUAGAUGAUAUUAUUCAUGAUUAUUAUCGUACAUAUGAAUAUAAUCCUAAUAAUUUUACCUGUUAUACUCAUUUACAAUGUAAUCGUGGUCCUUUUCCAGCAUGUUUAGAUUGGAGUGAAAUUUGUAAUGGACAGGUCGACUGUCUCGAUGGCGAAUUUGAUGAAGAACAUUGUUGGCAACUUGAAAUAAAUGAAUGUAAUGAUAAUGAAUAUCGAUGUACUAAUGGACAAUGUAUACCACAGUCAUUUUUUCGAGAUGAUCGUAACACUCCUGAUUGUCUUGAUGGCUCUGACGAAAUUUCAUUGAACUUUGAACACAGUUACAAAUGUAAUAGAGGUAUACCAUCAUUUGAAUGUGAAGAAAAGUGCAAACUUGAAGACCAACAUUGGUGUGAAGAUGAAGAUUUACAUAUAAACUAUGCCAGAAAGAAUAUUUCAUUUCAAACUAUUUGUGAUGGAUUUACUGAACUCAUUCCAAUAACUAUCGAAGGACAAAAUGAAACAGAUGAAACAGAAUGUGAACAAUGGUCAUAUAAAAACAUUUAUACUCCUUGUGAUGGUUUAUGGAAUUGUCCACAUGGUGAAGAUGAAGUUGGUUGUGAUUUAUCUUCAUCAUUAAAUUGUUCUUCAGAUUGCCACAAAUGUGUUUCACCUGAUACAAAUGAACUUAUUUGUCUUCCUGUUAAGCAAGCAAAUGAUGGCAAGAUCGAUUGUCUUGGUGCCACUGACGAACCAACAUUAUGUCAAGAAAAGUAUCAAGUAAACUUUUACUAUAAUUUUUACUGUAUAAACUCAAGUCCUUACAAAUGCAUUGGUCAUCAAAGUCUAUGUGACAAUGGUGCAUUUUGUGAUCAUGGAGAUGAUGAAAAAUUUUGUGUGAAAAAUCGAACAGAUAUUUCCAUAGUGGAUAAUAUUUGUCAUUCGUCUUAUGUAUCGAUUCGUUCUGAAGUUGAACAGUUUUUAUGUCACGAAACAAAAUACAAGGUAAAACAACAAAGAAAAUAUUUUUCAUUAGAUGAAAUGAGCAAACCCGUCGAAGAUCAAACUAAGAAUAUAAUAAAACCCAUAUUUUCAAAUUUACCUCGCAUGGAAAUGCCUCAUCAACAUGAACUUCGAUGUCAUCGUGGUUUUGAUUUACGUAUCUGGUUAAACAAUGAAAAGAACUUAACAACAAAUGCAUGUCUUUGUCCACCUAGUUUUUAUGGUAAUAUGUGUCAAUAUCAAAAUCAACGAGUGAGUUUAACCGUUAAAUUUCAAGUAGUAUCAGACUCUUGGUCAACAUUAUUUGCCAUAAUUAUUUCACUUAUCGAUGAUAGUGAAGAAAGAAUUAUUCAUUCAUAUGAACAAUUUACUUAUUUGUCAACAAGAGAUUGUAAAAUUAAAUUUAAUAUUUAUCUGCUCUACUCAACUCAACCAAAAAAUGAAAGUAAAAAUUAUGCUAUACAAAUGGAUAUUUACGAAAAAAUUUCAUUAAUUUAUCGAGGAAGUUUAUUGUUUCCAAUCAUAUUUCCAUUUUUACCUGUUCAUCGUUUGGUAUAUAUAGUAGACAUUCCACGAAUCAAAGAAGGCAUUCAAAGUUGUUCAAAUUCUCAAUGUAUUCGUGGAAAAUGUGUGAAAUAUUCAAAUAAUCCAAAAAAUGGUAGCUUUUGCCAAUGUAAACCAGGAUGGUCUGGACGGUAUUGUACUAUUCAACAUACUUGCAAGUGUUCAUCUGAUUCAAUAUGUAUUGGCGUCUUAGCUAAUAAUCGAUCUGUAUGUGUUUGUCCUAUUAAUAAAUUUGGUGAUCGAUGUCUUCUUGUCAAUACAAUUUGCCAAAUGGAUAAAAAUUUCACAUGUCAACAUGGUGGUCAAUGUAUUCCUGCUGAUGAAUAUAUGAUAUCGGCUAGAAAAUUCAUAUGCAUUUGUCCAAAAGGUUAUAUUGGUGAUCGAUGUGAAAUAGUUGAUAACAAAAUAAUUCUAUCUUUUCAAAAAAGUAUUGUUUUAUCUCAAUCAAUAUUCAUUCAUUUUAUUCAAGUGAUUAAUAAUAGUGCACCGAUGAGAACAACAACUUUUCGAACAAUUCCUCUUACAAAAAGUUCACUUGUAGUUUAUUGCUGUUAUUCAAAACCUUAUGAACGAUCAACAAUAAUUAAUAAAAUGAUAAAUCCAACAGAUCGUUGUCAACAUAUAAAUGAGUUAUUUAAUGGAACAUUUGUUCAGAUGCAUGUUCUUCGUCGCAUCAAAUAUUAUCAUUUACCAUGUCGAAACUAUUCAUCAAAUCUUUCAUGUUUUUAUGAUGAUCUUCAUAUUUGUUUAUGUUAUGAUUAUGGAAACCAACGUCUAGCAAAUUGUUUUGACUUUAAUCAUAAUAUGAAAUUUGAAUGUUUAGGACAAAGUGUCUGUGAAAAUGCAGGUGAAUGUUUUCAAGACACUUCAGACUGUCCACAAAGAUCAAUGUGUAUUUGUCCAGCAUGUUUUUAUGGAACACGAUGUCAAUUUAGUUCAAGUGGAUUUGGUUUAUCCCUUGAUUCUAUCUUAGCCUAUCAUAUUCAACCACAUAUUAAUCUUAUACAUCAACCAAAUAUUGUAAAGAUCUGUUUCGCAUUGACUACAAUCUUGAUGGUAGCAGGAUUUAUCAAUGGAACUUUAGCUUUGAUUACAUUCAACAAUAAAAUUAUAUGCGAAGUUGGUUGUGGCUUAUAUUUACUAGGUUCAUCAAUUACUACUUUACUUAUAACAAUUCUAUUUGGAUUGAAAUUUUGGAUACUUGUUCUUGCACAAAUGGCAAUUAUAUCUAAUCGAUUAUUUUUACAAAUUCAAUGUAUAUCUCUCGAUUUUCUUUUACGGGUUUGUCUUAAUAUGGAUCAAUGGUUAAAUGCAUGUGUGGCUAUAGAACGAGCAAUUACAAUAAUAAAAGCUACUCAUUUUCAUAAGGACAAAAGUAGAAAACUAGCGAAAUUAGCGAUUGCUAUUCUUCUGAUUGUUAUCAUUGGCACUUCUAUUUAUGAUCCUUUUUAUCGACGUUUAAUUGAUGAAGAAAAUGAAGAUGAUAAACGAGUAUGGUGUAUUGUUACUUACCCAUCAAGUUUACAAAUAUUCAAUUCUAUUAUUCAUACUUUUCAUUUUUUGCCUCCAUUUGUCAUUAAUCUAAUAUCAGCUGUUAUUCUCAUAGCAAAAAAAUCUCGUCAAAGAUCAAAUCUUCAAAUUAACCGAAGCUUUAAAGAACUAUUAAAAGAGCAAAUUCGUCAACACAAACAUUUAUUUACUGCUCCUGUUGCAUUAGUUAUUCUUGCAUUACCACGGUUAAUCCUUUUAUUUAUAUCAAAAUGUAUGAAAUCAACAAAUGAUGCAUGGUUAUUUCUUGUUGGAUAUCUUAUUUCAUUUAUUCCACCUAUGCUUACAUUUCUGGUGUUUGUAUUACCAUCCAAAUUUUACAAGAAGCAACUUCACAAAUCUCUCGUCGCUUAUCGAACUAAAAUACAACGACGUUUAAAGUAUAUUAAAUAUAAGUAA